GUUCCGGCCUCCUCCAGGAAGCGUCCUCCGGAGGUUUCGGCCGCUCACAGUCAGCGGCCUGAGGGUCGCGGAGUCCGUGGCGCGCCAGGUCCCACCUGACAUCGCACGCAGCGAGGCGUCGGCCACGUAGGUGCGGAAUGAAGGCGGGCGGCGUGGGCACCCACCCAAGCCUGGGCUCCCGGGUCCGAGUAGCGCCUCAGGCGUAGGCACCACACCGUUCCCCCGCCAGCUCACGCUGUGUCCUCGGCUCGCUUCCGGCCGGGCCACGUGACUGCGCGCACGUGUUCCGGCCUCUCGGAGAGGCGGUCUGCAGCCCCCUCCGCACAGCGGGCGGAUGUCCAUCUAGAGGCGGUGCAACCUUCGCCAUGAACCCCAGGGGCCUGUUCCAGGACUUCAAUCCCAGUAAGUUCCUCAUCUAUGCCUGCUUGCUGCUCUUCUCCGUGCUGCUGCCCCUGCGCCUGGACGGCAUCAUCCAGUGGAGCUACUGGGCGGUCUUCGCCCCCAUCUGGCUGUGGAAGCUCCUGGUCAUCGUUGGCGCCUCGGUGGGUGCGGGCGUGUGGGCCCGCAACCCUCGUUACCGUACGGAGGGGGAAGCCUGCGUGGAGUUCAAAGCCAUGCUGAUUGCCGUGGGCAUCCACCUGCUGCUCCUGAUGUUUGAGAUCCUAGUCUGCGAUAGGGUGGAGAGGGGCACCCACUUCUGGCUGCUGGUCUUCAUGCCACUUUUCUUCGUUUCCCCGGUGUCCGUGGCUGCCUGCGUCUGGGGCUUCCGACAUGACAGGUCCUUGGAGCUGGAGAUCCUGUGCUCUGUCAAUAUCCUGCAGUUCAUCUUCAUCGCCCUGAGGCUGGACAGGAUUAUCCACUGGCCGUGGCUGGUGGUGUUCGUGCCCCUGUGGAUCCUCAUGUCGUUUCUCUGCCUGGUGGUUCUCUAUUACAUCGUGUGGUCUCUCCUGUUUCUGCGGUCCCUGGAUGUGGUUGCUGAGCAGCGAAGAACACAUGUGACCAUGGCCAUCAGCUGGAUCACGAUUGUCGUACCCCUGCUCACCUUUGAGGUCCUGCUAGUUCACAGACUGGAUGAUCAUAAUACGUUCUCGUACAUUUCCAUAUUCAUCCCCCUUUGGCUCUCAUUACUGACUUUAAUGGCCACGACGUUUAGGCGGAAAGGGGGCAAUCAUUGGUGGUUUGGUAUUCGCAGGGAUUUCUGCCAGUUUCUACUUGAAGUCUUCCCGUUCUUAAGAGAAUAUGGGAAUAUCUCUUACGAUCUCCAUCAUGAAGACAGUGAAGAUGCAGAAGACGCAUCGGUUCCAGAAGCUCCGAAAAUUGCUCCAAUGUUCGGAAAGAAGGCCAGGGUGGUUAUAACGCAGAGUCCUGGAAAGUACAUUCCGCCUCCCCCCAAGCUAAACAUAGAUAUGCCAGACUAAACUCACGGGCUGGGCCUUUAGCGGAAAGAGAAACCAUGUGCCCGUGAGCUCCACUUUGUUUUUUUCCUGUGAUCAUCCAGCCCUGGAAUUGGGGAUGGGCCCUCCUCAUUUUGCACCCUCCAUGAGAUGGAAGCCUCUUGCUUCAGUGUGUGCCGUAGACAAGGAAGGAGGCUGUGUUGGUCUCAGUGUGUGUGUAGGUAAUGUGCGAGAGAGAGCUUGCUUUCCAGGUCCGUGUCUUAAGAGCUAGCCAAAGGCAGUAAAUUGAAUUGUUUCUAGGCCUUCAAAAGACCUGAAAACUAUAUAGCUGUUUGUUUUUAAGCGCUACUUAUGCCUACCAAAAGUAUUGUUUAAAAAGUAUUUUUAUACACUGCUAAUCUAAAAUUUAUUCUAGACUAUGUCCAUUGUGACAUAAUGGCAAAUGUACCAAAUCCUCACCCCCACUGUUCCAUGACCCUCAUAGUUGGUAUUUCUAGUGUUCCUACUGUUCAAAUAGUUGUUUUCUUUGGACUUUGCUGGUACAGGUCUUUAGUAUUCUAAUAGACGACUUUUCUAAUGAGUAACUCUGCACAUGUUAGUAUUUAUAUGAAUGUUUUAGCAGUGUUCUCUGUUGAAUUGUAGUUCUUGGCAAUACCAUUGUAUUGUGUUAAAAGUAUUUUUUUUAAGCUUCUGUGUGAAGAUACAUGUUUAUUGCAACUAUCCUUAAAGACUGCAUGAGAGGCUGAGGUGUUCCUGACGUGGGAUGCUGUCAGUACCUGGAAUGAAGGUCCAGUGUGUCAGCAGUCAGUGGUAGACAACAAGAGUUAUCUUAGAGUUGUCAUGGUGCCCCUCGAGAGAAGGGACACCACCCUGAGAGUGGGUGGCAUGCGCUAAUGUGGUGCCAGGCCAUAUGACAGUCAUUUACCUCCUUGGCUUUUUUUCUCACAGGUGGCAUCAUCUCUUAAGGAACUACCAAAUGAAGCAGCUCGUGUUUGACCAUUUCUAAGAUCUGUCAUAAUGUAAAGCAUUCCUGUUGGAACGCUGAGAGAGUGCCCAAUGGGGUGAGGUCUUACUGUAAGGUCCAGUCUUUCUGGUCUGUCAGUAACAAAGGAACAAAUGUUUAGGGUGUUUUUAAAGAUGAGUACAGUGUUUCUUGAGGUGCUGGAGUCAUCCCAGGAAAUUAAAAAUGGGACAAAAGCCAGACCUUCUCAGAAAAAGGUUCACAUAGGGAAGAAAUAAAUACUUGGAAGUUAAA